AUGCAGCGUGCUCUUUCGUCUACCUCCAGGGCUUCGGUCCUUUCCUCUGCCCCCACACGCGCGCCUGUGUCUCGAUUUCGUUCCGCUGGUUUGAGCCUUCAGCAGCAGAGAUUCGCCCAUAAGGAACUCAAAUUCGGCGUAGAAGGUCGUGCUGCACUCCUCAAGGGUAUUGACACUCUUGCAAAGGCUGUUUCCACAACACUCGGUCCCAAGGGAAGAAAUGUCUUGAUUGAGUCUUCCUACGGUUCCCCCAAGAUCACGAAGGACGGUGUCACUGUUGCGAAGGCAGUUACCCUUCAAGACAAGUUCGAGAAUUUGGGUGCUCGUCUGCUACAGGACGUCGCGUCGAAGACUAACGAGGUCGCAGGCGACGGAACUACCACUGCAACUGUCCUUGCUCGGGCAAUUUUCUCCGAAACUGUCAAGAAUGUCGCGGCGGGAUGCAACCCAAUGGACCUACGGAGGGGCAUCCAGGCUGCCGUUGAGGCUGUUGUUGAGUACCUCCAGGCGAACAAGAGGGAUAUCACCACAACGGAGGAAAUUGCCCAGGUUGCUACUAUUUCUGCCAAUGGCGAUACCCAUGUUGGCAAGCUGAUCUCCAACGCCAUGGAGAAAGUCGGAAAGGAAGGUGUGAUUACUGUCAAGGACGGGAAGACCAUCGAGGAUGAGCUGGAAGUCACUGAGGGCAUGCGAUUCGACCGCGGAUACGUCUCGCCUUACUUCAUCACCGAUACUAAGGCACAGAAAGUUGAGUUCGAGAAGCCCCUGAUUCUUCUUUCUGAGAAGAAAAUCUCCGCCGUCCAGGACAUCAUCCCCGCCCUUGAAGCCUCCACCACUCUGCGACGACCCCUCGUCAUCAUCGCUGAAGACAUUGAGGGUGAGGCUCUUGCUGUCUGCAUCCUCAACAAGCUACGCGGCCAACUGCAGGUCGCCGCCGUCAAGGCUCCCGGCUUCGGCGACAACCGCAAGAGCAUCCUCGGCGACAUCGGCAUUCUCACCAAUGCUACCGUCUUCACCGACGAGCUCGAUAUGAAACUUGAGAAGGCGACUGCGGAUAUGCUCGGCUCCACUGGCUCCAUCACCAUCACUAAGGAAGACACCAUAAUCCUCAACGGCGAUGGCAGCAAGGAUUCCAUCGCACAGCGCUGUGAACAGAUCCGUGGCGUCAUCGCCGACCCCACCACCUCCGACUACGAGAAGGAGAAACUCCAAGAACGCCUCGCCAAACUCUCCGGCGGUGUUGCUGUUAUCAAAGUUGGCGGUGCCUCUGAGGUUGAAGUAGGCGAAAAGAAGGACCGUGUCGUUGACGCCCUCAAUGCCACUCGCGCCGCUGUUGAGGAAGGUAUCCUUCCAGGUGGUGGCACCGCUCUCCUGAAAGCCGCGGCUAACGGCCUCGCGUCCGUGAAGCCGACCAACUUCGACCAGCAGCUUGGUGUCAGCAUCGUCAAGUCCGCCAUCACUCGCCCCGCACGCACCAUCGUGGAGAAUGCGGGGUUGGAAGGGAGUGUCAUUGUCGGCAAGCUGACCGAUGAGCACGCCAGCGACUUCAAUAGGGGCUUCGAUAGCGCCAAGGGCGAGUAUGUCGAUAUGAUUGCUUCUGGUAUUGUUGAUCCGCUCAAAGUUGUUCGUACCGCGCUUGUGGAUGCGAGCGGCGUCGCGUCGCUACUUGGUACCACUGAGGUGGCUAUUGUUGAGGCGCCAGAGGAGAAGGGCCCUGCUGGACCUCCUGGUGGUAUGGGCGGCAUGGGCGGCAUGGGUGGUGGCAUGUUCUAA